AGACCAAUGUUCAUCAUUUUGAUACUACCGUUUCGUUAAAAUAUUAUUUUCAAAUGAAACUUUGUGCAUUUGUUUAGUCUAAUAGCGCAGCGCAGCAGUACAACGUUCAAUCAAAAAGGAAAUCCAAUUUAUAUUUUUUAUCUGUAAAUUAUAAUUUCACUGCACGUCUUUGAGAGACUUCAAAAACAAUCAAACAUUUGUUCAGAUUUUUUACAUCGAUUUGCCAGCCAAUUUCGGUGAUAAUUCUUCGGUGAAUUUGCGGAAAGUUUUUCUUUUUGUCAAGGUAAACCUAAUCACUUGUUUUCGUUGAUAUUGUGAGAGUUAUCAGUUAUGCUAAGGGGGUCCGAGCGGCUCAAAUUGUGUGUCAGUAAAUGUGUGUUUUAACUGAACUAGAAAUAUUUUGAUAAACCAUGGAAAGAGUAGGUACAACUAAAAAUAUUCGAAAAGAGGUCAGCAACAGCAAAAACAACAACCGACAAAAAUGUUGCCACAUCUAUUCAAGGCUGUUGGUUUAUUUCGUUUAGCAAAUAAACAGUCAGUCGUCAGCCGCUAUACGCUACAAAGCAUCAUGUCGCAGUCAUAUUCAACGAACAUCAAGAUUAUUCCAUCUGUGGAUUCGAAAUACGAGGAAAUAUUGACCGACGAUUCGUUAAAAUUUUUGGAAAAACUUCACGACAAAUUUGAACCGGCUCGAAAAAAUCUACUACUUCAACGUGUUGCUCGGCAGAAAGAGUUAAACGAUGGGCAGCGACCGGAUUUCUUAGAUUCAACGAAACAGAUUCGGGAAUCAAAAUGGUCUGUCGCAUCGCUGCCGAAGCCAUUGUUGAAACGAAGAGUUGAAAUUACCGGACCGGUCGAUCGGAAAAUGGUUAUCAAUGCUCUCAAUUCCGGUGCAGAUUGUUACAUGGCCGAUUUUGAAGAUUCGUCUACCCCGACAUGGACAAAUUUGUUGGAUGGACAGGUUAACUUAAAAGAUGCUAUUCGUCGUCAGAUUGAUUUCAAGGUGCCAGCGACUGGGAAAGAAUACAAGUUGAAUGCGGAACAUGCUACGCUGAUGGUUCGUCCGAGGGGAUGGCAUCUAGAUGAGAAAAACAUUUCGGUUAAUGGCGCCAGAAUGUCCGGUAGUCUUUUCGACUUUGGCCUUUACUUUUACCAUAACGCCAAAGAGCUGCUGAAACGGGGAUACGGUCCGUAUUUCUACUUGCCGAAAUUGGAAAACCACUUGGAAGCUCGUCUCUGGAACGAUGUGUUUGUCUUCGCUCAGAACGAACUCGGUGUUCCCAACGGUAGCAUCAAAGCCACCGUUCUAAUCGAGACAAUUUUGGCAGCUUUCGAGAUGGACGAAAUAUUGUAUGAAUUGCGGGAACAUUCUGCUGGGCUCAACGCCGGUCGUUGGGACUACAUUUUUUCGUGCAUCAAGAAAUUUCAAAACCGAAAAGACUUUGUCUUCGCUGACAGACAUUUCAUCACAAUGACGUCACCUUUUAUGCGAGCCUACGCCUUGCUGUUGAUUCAAACUUGCCAUAAACGGGGAGCAUGCGCAAUGGGCGGAAUGAGUGCUCUAAUUCCGAUAAAGAAUGAUCCGACAGCGAACGAAAAGGCUCUGAAAGGUGUGCGCGAAGAUAAGCGUCGUGACGCAAGUGACGGUUCCGAUGGUGGAUGGGUCGCUCAUCCCGGGCUCGUGGACUUGGCGAUGCAAGAAAUGGUAAACGUGCUCGGUCCAACAAAAACGAACCAAAUCGAAAAGCAACUGAAUGUGAAGAUCACGGCAGAGGAUCUGCUCAACUUUGGACCAAGUUCCCCGAUUUCCGAAAAAGGAUUGAGAGUCAACGUAAGCAUUGCUCUACAAUACCUUGCGGCUUGGCUGGCCGGUACUGGUUGUGUGCCCAUUUUCAAUAUGAUGGAAGACGCGGCUACAGCUGAAAUCAGUCGAUCGCAAAUUUGGCAAUGGAUCCAUUCGCCGAAGGGUAUCUUGGACGAUGGACGGAAAGUGACGGUUGAAAUGGUCAAUUCGAUUGUUGCUGAGGAAAUGGCUGCAUUGAAAGUGAACAGUAAACUGCCGUUUGAGAAAGCUGCCCUCGUCUUCUCGCAGAUCUCUACAGCUCCCAAGUUUGAGGAGUUUCUUACGCUACCGCUCUAUGAGCAAUUUUAGAUGUCAUGGCCAUUGGCAAAGAGUAA